AAAGGGAAAAAGAAAAGAUCAAUUUUGUCCACUUACAAGCGAAGGUGGAUAUGGAGGGAAGAGAGAUUGAAUCGUGAAGACGAGGGAAGGUGAGGGAGUCUAGCCUUUUGUGAAAUUUUUGUAUAAAUAGGGAUGAAAGACGGUGAACAAAAGAGACUAAGAGAGGGCGUUGGCCGACAGCCACAAAAGGAGAUCUUUGGGGGUUUCCAUUCUCUCUUUGAUUAUGAGAUUUUGGUGACUUUUUCGGCGUCGAUUCACUCUGAGCUUGAAUCUAACAGUAGAAUUGGAGCCCUAAUCUCUGUUUCUAGGUACGGUUACUGUGGAUUUGUAAUUUCUAUCAAGAAAUUUUAGUGAAGUUUUAACUAAAUUUAUAUUAUAUUAUAUUGUGCUACAUUAAUUAUGAUACAGGGUUGAGUUACUUGAUGAUAUUGAGACUUUAUUUUAUAAUUUUUGUUUUAUAAUUUAAAUGGGCCAAGAUGGAAAUAGUUGCUACACAUGCAAAUGUGAUUGUCCCUGAAGUUCUUAGAGGAGGUAACUACAAAAGGUGGAGCAUUUUAAUGCGAUACUAUUUAUUGGGUCAAGAUCUUUGGGAUGUUGUUCAGUCAAGCCAGUUGCCUGCUGGAGGAAAUAUGAGUAGCGAGUGGAUGAAAAAAAAUGCAUUAGCUCUUCAUGCCAUUAUGAUUUCAUGUGGAGAAGAAAUCUUCAAUAAAAUAAAGGAGAAGGAUUCUGCUAAAGAUGUUUGGGAUGCAUUGGCUGAUAUGCACAAGCCCCCAGUUGCCCAUAAGGAAAUUGUUGAGCACCCCCCAGAAAGGCAAAUAGUUUAUAAUAACAAGAGCGAAAUUGUUAAUUACUUGAUCGAGUUCAAGUUGUCAAAAAAAGACUUGGAAACAAAAGAUUAUUCUGGGAGCACGGCUCUUUCCAUUGCUGCUCGUUGCGGAGUCGGGAAAUCAAUUGCACAAAAACUAGUUGGAAAGAACUAUAAUUUGCUUACCAUCCCAGACAACGAUGGUAAUAUCCCAGUUGAAUUGGCCUGCAGCACAAUAAGCGAGGACUUGACACGCUAUCUGUACCGUGAGACUCCUCUGGAGUCUCUAAAUGUAAACAAUGGCGGCCGCAUCCUCCAAGAGUGGACGGCGGUCGUAAUCUCGCUUGCAGUGCCACUGUUCCUUGUUGCAUUGAUCAUUGGGACGCUAUUUAGACUGUUUACAACGGUCUCACGGUUACUUUCAACGGAUUUAUACAAGAUAAAGCUGAUGGAUGUGUAUGCCCGCGAGGUAAUACAGUUAAUAUGCCAGCCAUUAUCAAAAUUAGAUCAGAACCAGUCUGUGCAAAGUACAGCAGAGGAAGCAAUCAUCCAGGCUAUCAAGAAUGGCAUCCCAGACAUUGUGAAAGAAAUUAGAAAAGCUAAUGCAAAUAUAUUAUGGAGCAGCACAGAUCCUGAAGAUUCAAGAUCAAGAAUUCAAAAAAUAUUUGCUCUUGCUGUAAAACAUCGACAAGAGGAAGUGGCACAUCUUGUUUAUGAAUCUGAAAAGGAGAAAAACAUGCUUUUUACCACCGAUGAAGAUAGAAAUAAUACAUUACAUCUAGCAGCAAAGUUACCCCCUCAUUAUCAAUUAGGUUACAUCCAUACUGCAGCUUUGCAGUUGCAAAGUGAACUACGUUGGUUCAAGGCAGUAAAAGAAAUUGUUCCAGGAGCCUACAAAAAGGGCAAAAAUUCAGACAAUGAAGCCCCCUUGGAAAUGUUUGUUAGAGAACACAAGGAAUUGCUAAAAGGAGCGGAAGAAUGGGUAAAGAAAACAGCAGAAUCUUCAACAGUCGUUGGGGCUCUUAUUAUUACAAUUAUGUUUGCAGUGGCUUUUUCUGUUCCUGGUGGGAAUGAUCAAAGUACAGGUUCUCCCGUACUUUUGCAUAAAACUCGAACAGUGUUUAUGGUAUUUAUGGCAUCAGAUGCAAUUUCUCUUUUUACUGCGUCCAGUUCAGUGAUAAUGUUUUUGGGGAUUCUAACUUCACAUCAUUCUGAUGAAGAGUACCGCAAAUCCUUACUCUUGAUCAUCGGCCUUACUUCACUCUUCGUCUCUAUUGCCACAAUGACCACAGCAUUUUGUGCUGCUCUUUUCAUAAUGCUACAAGGUCAAGGUGGAUUGGGGUUUGUCAUUCCUAUAACUCUGCUUGCUGGUAUUCCUAUCGUAUGCUACGUGUUGUUGCAAUUUCCUCUUCUGGUUGAGAUCUUGGGUUUGACUUUUAGCUCAGACAUCUUUGGUAAGAAAGGAACAUGCUUGGUGGGCGGAAGGACAGCACAUAUGGUCGCUAGGGGGAUGAGGAGCUUGAUGGGUUGAGGACAGCGCUAAAAAUUCUUGCAAUGUCUAGUGAUGCCAGUGAAUUAGUCACUUAAAUGAAUGUUGCUUUGAAUAAAUGUUUUUUUUUUUAAGUGUUGCUUUGAAUAGAUGAUUGUUGAAGUAAAUGUCAAACUAUGCU